GGGUGUGUGAGGUUAAUAUUGGUUCAUUCUUAAAAAGUUCGAAAGAAUAUAUUGUAAACAGAGAAGACAGUGGAUAGCAAAUGAAGCAAAUACAUUGAAAAGAAAGAAAGAAUGAGAGAGCGCAACGGAAUUGAAAGGAAAGAAAGACACAAAAAUAACAGAUAAAGAGGAAGAGGAAGAGGGAAUGAACCAGUUCCAGCGGGAAGGAGUCACUGGAGCAACGCCGCUUGAAAACGGCGUGUUGAGCUUCGAGAACCCGAACUACACGCUGGGCGGCAGCAACGACCCCCGACUCGACGACGCCCUCAACAGCAACAACAGCAACGGCUCGGCCACCCACGACCCGCCCCUUGAUGGUGGAUUGGCUGCUCUAGACGAGCUGUACACCGAGCUAGACCACGUGUGCAACCUCACCAGGACAUCGUCAGUGCGAAACAGGAGAAACUAUGCCCACCUCGACAUUGGUUCCAUGGGAGUCGACGUAGCCACUGGGCCAGUCACCAAUCUGGACCAGGCCGACCAUCAGAACAACAGGUAGGUGACGGUUUCGUGUUUUUUGUUUUUUUUUUUUUUGUUUUUGUUGUUUAUUUGUUUAUUAUUUUGUUAUUUGUGUAUAUUUAUUUUUAUUAUUUUUAUUUUUUUAUUUAUUAUUUUUAUGUAUUUUAUCUUAUUUUUUUUAUUUCAUUUUUUUCUGGUCCCCUAUUUUCAGUUGUUUUUUUCUGUGGUGGAGGUAGGUAUAUAUUUUUUUUUCAGGGAAUCGAUCCGAGCUCUUUAUUUUUAUGAUGGUGUACGAGCUUAUACAUCCAGUAUGUUAUGUUUAUGAAGUUCGAGAUUUUGUGAAUUUACUUAAAUUCCUUUCAUGAUUAAUUUUUCCUUCGAAUUUUUAGACGAUGGGAAUUUCCCGCCCUUUUUUCGGUCUUUGGCGGAUAUUUAUUUUCACGCUCGCUGCUCGUGUUCUAAAGGUCAUGAUUUAUGUUCUAUAUUUUUCAGUAAGAUUAUAAUAGAUAUUUAACUUCGGAUAUUUUACAUAUUCACUAAAUUUGUGGACGAAAGUCGAUUUUUUUUUUUUUUUUUUUACUUUUGAAGUUUUAGGCGACAGUCGAUUCAAAUUUUUGUCCAUUUUUUCAAGUUUAGAUUAAAUUUCUUGUCAGUUUCUGGACAAAGAGACCGCUUGCUGGUUGAAUGGAGUCGAUCUUUUUGAAAAGGCCGCCGGCGACUAUUCUGAAGGUCACGAAACAGAAGAAUGACGAUCAAUCAACUCGCCUGAUUUUAAUUGUUGCGUCCCAUUGCAUCUGCAUUCCGGCCGCGGCGCUUGCCUUGACAGAACGAAAAUUCCAGAACUCGCUGUGCAUUUCUUCCCUCCA